AUGGCUGAUCAGAAGAUGCAAUAUGUAAACCUGGGUAAGUCCGGCCUGAAGGUCUCCAAGGUCAUCUUGGGUGCCAUGAGCUUUGGCAGCGACAAAUGGCAACCUUGGAUCCUGAACGAGGACGCUGCACUGCCCAUCCUCGAGCACGCCUACAAGAACGGCAUCAACACAUGGGACACAGCCGACAUCUACUCCCACGGCAUCUCUGAGAGGAUCAUCGCCAAAGCCAUCAAGCAAUACAACAUCCCCCGCAACAAGCUCGUUCUCCUCUCGAAAUGCUACUUCGGCGUCAACGAAGAGGACCCAUCGCUCGGCAUCGUUGCCGUCUCCACCAACGACAGCAAGAUGGUCAACCAGGUCGGCCUCAGCCGGAAGCACAUCUUCGAUGCGGUCGAGAAGAGCGUCGAGCGCCUCGGCACAUACAUCGAUGUCCUGCAAAUCCAUCGUCUCGACCGUGGCACACCAAGGGAGGAGAUUAUGAAGGCGCUGAACGAUGUCGUUGAGAAGGGCUGGGUCAGGUACAUCGGCGCAAGCUCCAUGGCGGCGUGGGAGUUCCAGACGCUGCAGAACAUUGCUGAAAGAAACGGGUGGCAUAAAUUCAUCAGCAUGCAGAACUACUACAACCUUAUUUAUCGUGAGGAGGAGAGGGAGAUGAUUCCCUAUUGUCAAGACACCGGCGUAGGCCUCAUCCCCUGGUCCCCCAUCGCCCGCGGCGCCCUCACCCGUCCUUGGUCUGACCGCUCCUCCAGCCGCGCACAAACCGAUAAGUUCCUCGAGAACCUCGUCCACGCACGCGAAGACAAGAUCGAUCAGGAGAUCAUCAGCCGCGUUGAGGAAGUCGCGAAGAGGAACAAUGUCAGCAUGGCGUGCAUCGCGACAGCGUGGGCGAUUAAGAAGGGUGUUUGCCCUAUCAUUGGUCUGAGCAGCAAGGGGAGAGUUGAGGAGACGGUCAAGAACUCGAACUACAAGCUGAGCGAUGAGGAUGCGAAGUAUCUUGAGGAAAUGUAUGCGCCGAAGGAGAGGCAGGGGUUCUAG